CGCGGCCGCUCCGUGCACAACUGCGCGCAACCCGUGGAGACCAUCGCCAUGUUCAAGUCUGGCCCAGUCACAAGUCACAUGCCUAUCCCAUCGCCGGCGCGCGCGCAUGCACGCUCCACACGAGAUCAACCUCCGCCGUCCCCAUCCCCCUUACGGUGCCCGCGACGGUGCCUUUGCAGCCUCGCCCUGACUGCUCCCUGCCGCCCUGUCGUCUUUUCUGGCCGUCCUGCCCUCGCCAUGUCGCAGUCCAGGUGACGCCGCCGGCCGCCAAUCACAGCGCUCCCCGACAGCAGCGCGCUCUCGAGCCCGCCGGCCGAACAAUGACGCCCCGUGCUCCAGAGCCUCUGCCUCCGCCGCGGCCAGAGCUCCCCCGCGAUGCCUCGACGCACUCCAAAGCCUCCGUUCCCUCGUCGUCGCAGAGCAACGAGGCAGACGACGAGCAGAGCAUGUCCGACGACGUCUUCGCCAUGCGCCCGCCGCCGUCCCCUCCGCGCUACGAGGGCGAAGACACCGGCCUGACAAGCGAGAAAGAGCUGGCGGGCUUCUACAUGUAUGGCUGGGCUGCCGAGGUCUUCGUAGUGUGCGGAAUCGGCAGCUUCAUCCCCGUCACUCUCGAGCAGCUUGCGCGCGAAAACGGCGUGCUCCUUUCCGACCACACCACACCAUGCAAAUCCUCCCUUCCCACUACGACUUCACCCCUCUUCUCCGCCCUCUCCCCCAAGCCCGAGACGGGACAAUGCGUCGUCUACCUCCUCGGCAUAGAAAUCAACACGGCCAGCUUCGCCAUGUACACCUUCUCCAUAUCCGUCGCUAUCCAAGCACUUCUCAUAAUAUCCAUGUCCGGCGCCGCCGACCACGGUCGCUUCCGGAAGACCUUUCUGCUGUGGUUUGCCUUUAUAGGGAGCGUAGCGACCAUGUUGUUUCUGCCCGUUGUGCCCAAGGUAUAUGUGCUGGGCGCGCUGCUUGCCAUUAUUGCGAAUACGUGCUUUGGUGCCAGUUUUGUGCUAUUGAAUUCUUUCCUGCCACUGUUGGUGAGGCAUCAUCCGACAGUGGCAUAUGCGAAUAUGUCUGGGGAGUCGAGCUACCUGGACGACGAGGAUUUGGAUAGGUCGAACGGAUCAUCAAUCAUCCGGGAAGCACAGUAUUCCACUGAGCUGGCGGAAGAGGAGAACGUCAUAGGCGGAGUAGCGGAUGCGACGACGGCAUUACUCCCACCUCGCUCCGAAGUCGACAUGUCGGUCCCAAAUCCACUAUCGAGAGCAACUCCCUCCCAAGAGCUAGCUCUCUCUACCAAGAUCUCCUCCUACGGCAUCGCAAUCGGAUACAUCGCCGCGCUACUCGUUCAAACAUUAUCCAUCCUCGUCGUAAUCGCUUUCCGCAACUCAGACUUCGGUCUUCGCCUCGUCCUCUUCAUAAUAGGCGCCUGGUGGUUCAUCUUCACUAUACCCGCCGGCUUCUGGCUCCGUCCCCGCCCAGGGCCACCGCUUCACCUCUCGGCGCACAGAUCCAACUUGCGCACUUGCCUCGCAUACUUCACGUACUCGUGGAAAUCGCUUGGUCGGACGAUCAUACAUGCGCGUCUGCUUAAGGACGUCAUCAUCUUCCUAGCCGCGUGGUUCUUGCUCAGCGACAGCAUAGCCACCGUUUCCGGAACCGCCGUGUUAUUUGCGAAAACGACUUUGGGCAUGGGCUAUGCAAUGCUCGCCCUCAUCAACGUAAUCGCCACCGUCUCUGGUGUAAUUGGCGCAUUCACCUGGUCCCGCAUCAGCAUCUACAUGCGGCUCAAACCCUCCCAGACCAUCCUCGCAUGUAUCGCUCUCUUCGAGCUAAUCCCCAUCUACGGACUGCUUGGUUACAUCCCCGCAAUCCGCCGCUUAGGUUCCUUUGGUCUCCAGCAACAGUGGGAGAUGUACCCCCUGGGGGCUGUGUAUGGCUUCGUGCUAGGCGGACUAAGCAGCUAUUGUAGGAGUUUGUUUGGCGAGCUGAUUCCACCGGGGUACGAGGCUGCGUUUUAUGCGCUGUAUGCCAUCACGGAUAAGGGAAGCAGUGUGUUUGGACCGGCUAUUGUGGGUGCGAUUACGGAUGCGUAUGGGGAGAUCCGACCCGCUUUUUGGUUCUUAGCUGUCCUGGUCGGAUUGCCAUUCCCCAUCAUGAUGCUUGUUGACGUAGAUAGGGGGAGAGCAGAAGGCAUUGCUCUGGCCAAGAAACUUGAAGACUUGGCAGAUGAGGAAGAUGAAAGUGAAGAUCUGAACCAGCAUCUAGUUAGAGACACCGAGCGCGAGUAUCAGCAUUGAGCGAGAGCAAAGCAUGCAUUUGCAUUGGGAAGGCGCUGAGCAUCGGGUUGGAUAUUCCCACGAUUCAUUAGCUAGGAGUUGGAUCUAUCUAUUUCAGCGCGAUUCUCAGUUCUUCCGCUUCGUCCUCACCGGUUUCAUUCUG